GUAAAAUGGCGGGGGGUGACAGCGGGAACCUGCAGGAGGAUUGCGCAUAGCGAAAUCUGACUGAGCCGCACAGGGCGCGCAGUCGGUGUCGUGCUUUCGCCGAGAGCGAUGUGCAGAGCCGACUCGGAGACUGGGAAUUGAGUCUGUGCCAUUUCUGCGGUGAAGCGUUUCCGCAUCAUUAACUCCCAAAGCCAGAACAGGCAGGAACGAGGCUGGGCCCAGACGAGCCCCGCAUUCCGCACAUUCCACUCGACUGUGAACUGUCCUGUCGGCAACGCAGGGGAACCGGGGCUGGGCAGCGCUGAACCAACACAAGGGGCCAUGAAACCUCAGCAGGAACGCACGCCCCUCGAGUCUCCACCCGGUCCAGGACCCGGUACCUGGCCUCCAUCGCUGGCAAGAUGUUGAAGAUGGUACAGGAGCUGCUCCACCGAUCCCAGCACCUGGUGGAUCUCUAUAAAAGGCAGCAGGGACCCCCGUUCAACAGGCCGGGCUUCGCCAUGCCGGGCCUCAGUCUCCGGGGGCUGCCGGAGGUGCCCCGAGCUGAGGGGAACCAGCGGGAGGAGGCGGAGGACGAUGAGGCUCGUCUCCAGGCCGAGCACGAGGCCUACAGGGGCCUGGCGCACUACCUGAGGCUGGUGCUGGAUGACCAGAGGGAGCUGAACCCCAGCGGCCAGGAUCUGCACCAGGAGCUGGCGUAUUUUGCUGUCAACGUGGAAGGCCUGGCUGUUAACCUCGGCCUGCUGCUGAGGGCCCUGGGGCACGAGGGCCCGGACGGGGUACACCUGGGCACGGGGCUGACUGGCGCCAGCGACUGGGACAAGAAACGGGCUGGACUGGUGGUCUGUACCCGUGGGGUACAAUGGCUGCGGGCGUCGGAGGGUGAUUUCUCAGCUUUGGUUUCCAGGUACAACUGAACCAUCCAGGCCUCCCGAACCCACCUCGACCACCAGGGCAGGGAGGGCAUCAGGGACAGAGCCACCAGACAGGACAGAGGGGCAGCCAGGGGAAGGGGGUUAACUUAACCUGGCCGUUCGCACCACAGGCGUCCGGCAGUGCCCGCUCCCUCAGCACUGACCCUCCGACAGUGCCUGCUCCCUCAGCACUGACCCUCUGACAGUGCCCGCUCCCUCAGCACUGACCCUCCGACAGUGCCCGCUCCCUCAGCACUGACCCUCUGACAGUGCCCACUCCCUCAGCGCUGACCCUCCGGCAGUGCCCGCUCCCUCAGCACUGACCCUCCGACAGUGCCCGCUCCCUCAGCACUGACCCUCCGACAGCGCCCACUCCCUCAGCACUGACCCUCCAACAACGCCCGCUCCCUCAGCGCUGACCCUCCGACAGUGCCCGCUCCCUCAGCACUGACCCUCCGACAGCGCCCACUCCCUCAGCACUGACCCUCCAACAACGCCCGCUCCCUCAGCGCUGACCCUCCGAUAGUGCCCGCUCCCUCUGCGCUGAAUCUCUGACAGUGCCCGCUCCCUCAGCACUGACCCUCCGACAGUGCCCGCUCCCUCAGCACUGACCCUCUGACAGUGCCCACUCCCUCAGCGCCGACCCUCUCACAGUGCCCGCUCCCUCAGCGCCGACCCUCCGACAGUGCCCGCUCCCUCAGCGCUGACCCUCCAACAGUGCCCGCUCCCUCUGCGCUGAAUCUCUGACAGUGCCCGCUCCCUCAGCACUGACCCUCCGACAGUGCCCGCUCCCUCAGCACUCCCCCUCCCACAGUGCAAUGUAACAGCAUCAAGGAAGUGAGCUGGGUCCUGGACCCAAAGUGACAGCUGGUUGCUGGUGGCAUGGUGGGGUUGGCGGGACGCCGUGCCAGUGCGAAUGGGACGGGAGUCACAUUUCCGAGCCCGAGAGCUACAGACCAGGGUAUGGUUACCCCAAGGAGAGGUUUCGUCGUCUCGAAUGGCAGCAGAGAGAGAGAGAGAGAGAGACACACGACAGAAACACCACAGGAAAUAAAAGUGGGAAUUUCCAUCGGA